UUGAAUUUGAAUUUCAAAAGAAAACUUUUGGUUGCUUCCCGUUCCGUUCCUGAUCAGUUGUUGGACCAUAGUUGUUAAGUGGUGUAGUGGAUAGUUCGUGAAGUAAUGGAACCGUCUUUGGAAGAAUCGGUGGUAUCCACGGUGCCGCUACACAUCAAUCAGUUCCCAAAUGAAAUUAUGGAACACAUUUUUGGCUACCUGAAUCUGGAGGAACGCAAGUACGCUUCGCUGGUUUGCCAUCGCUGGAACCUGCUGGCUUUCGGUCCACAUUUACUGAGUGAGGUGGUUCUUCAGCUAACUAGACCUGCCUUGGAGGAGCUUAAGCAAACCAACCGGAGCUAUCGGAACAUUAACUGUCGCAAUUUGCACUUUUUGACCAAUUACUUGCCAUUCCUUGGACCCAAUUUGGAGGGUUUCCAGUGCAAAGAAUCGAUUUUUAGGCAUCAGUUAAGGGAGAUUUUAAAACUGGCCCCGAAUCUUAAAAGCCUGAAUAUUAAAGCCUAUUACGACAACAGAGUAGAUUCUGAACCGAUGCCGGUUAUGAACAAAUUAGUUGAUCUGAAUAUUCGUGGCGAUCUGUGGUUUAGUGAAGGAUUCCAAACUGAGGAAAUAUUUCCCAACCUCUCCAGGAUGAGUGUUGAUUUUAGCACCCUCGUCGGAAAUACCCGGGUGUAUGAGGUUCUAAAAAAUUUCAGUUUCCAGUUGAAGUAUUUGAGUUUUGACAAAUAUGACAAGGCUCCGGUAGCAUUUGACCAGUCGUGUUUUCCUCAUUUGAAUUCCAUCCGUAUGAAUGCUGCCCCUGGAGAGCUAAGAUUGAAGAGCUUCUUCAGUCAAUUCGUUAAUUCGAACCUAACCAAUGCUCAUAUCGAUUGUGCUCUCGAAGAUGACAUUCUUGAAGCCAUAGCGAAGAUAUGUGACAAACUUGAAAAGUUGCACGUUAACGUGUUCCUGAUUCGAGGUCCUGGUUUCGCUUCCCUUGUACAGUUGGCGAAUCUAAAGUACCUUGCUAUUUGUGGUCCGUUUCACAAAGAUUUUACGGAGCAGUACAUCAAACCUAACAACACAGUCGUUAACCUGGAAGUGACAGUCUGCCGAACUGCCGAAACAUAUUUUAUCCUGCUUCCUGAUAUCAUCGAUAAGGUGAUCCGUAGUUUCCUCAAGAUGAAGCGUUUGUAUUUUAACAAACCGUGCGGAAUGUUUUGUGUCGAUUCCCCUUCUGCCUUAACAGCGCUGGUAAAUGUGGAGGAGCUGAUUGUUAAUGGGAUCCCCAAUAUUACAAACAACCUACCGGGAAGCUCAAAUCUGAAAAGAUUACACAUCUACAAUAGCCGUCCUUACCAAAUGUUAGACAUCCUGAGUCUUCUGGAAAGAAUGCCGGCACUGCGAUUGCUGGACUUCGAUUGUGAUUUGAACUCUGAACUAUCUGAUGUUUUUCAUAUCCGGCGUAAGUUUCCCCAUUGUUUGGUUCAGCGGAACAGGAAGCCGGAAAUUGCUGUGCGUCUCGAAGUUCCUAUGUAGAUGAUACCGUGGAAUCAUUUAAGGGCAUCAUUGAAUGGGUUAAA